AUGGAUUGCGAUAUAGCCUCAUAUCACAUUGAUUCUUUCGACUACCUCGUGGAUGCUGGAGUACAACAAGCAGCGCUAGCAGUUCCUCAUGAGAAGUUCCGUCUGAAAAACGGCAAUGCUGUCAGUUUGUCGUAUCAUGGAGCGCAGAUCCAAAAGCCAACUAUUGAUACAGGGGUAAACAAUCAUUCUUAUAUCAUUGAAUUGAAAAAUUUGUUCACAGGCGAAACUCGUAACAUCCGACCAGUUACCACUCCUGCCUUCAGAAUGUCGACAGCGGGGUUUGACGUAUUCCGGUAAUUUGAGAGUUCAAUUAGAGGUUUGCCAAUUAUUUUUUCGUCUAAUGUUUUUUUUCAAGUUGAGAAUAAAUGGACAAAGAACGGAUAUCUUGGACACAAUUCUUGGAAAGGUUCGUAUGAGCUCUGGUGUCUCUGUUCAAGUUAAUUCAGGUGCCGAUCAUGCUGCGGUCUUCCGCAUGUCACUUGAGAGGUCUGUCAAGAAAAGAAUUGGUUUCGGCCGGCGAGGAGCCCAUUGAGAAAGGUGGCUACUUUAUUUGCAACGGAAGUGAAAAGGUAGCAGAUGGAUACAUUCUGAAAAUUGAUUUCAUCGUUCAGGUUCUUCGUCUACUUAUUGCAAACAGAAGAAACUAUCCUAUCGCCUUGAUCAGAAAAACUUUCAAGGAUAAGGUUGCUCCCUCUUUUUCACAGCCUCAGAAGCUCUCUGUUGCAGGGAAAACUGUUCAGCGAGUUCGGAAUAAUGAUGAGAAGCGUGAAGGACAACCACACGGCCGUCAUGCAGACUCUGCACUACCUCGACUCGGGCUCCGUCCAAGUCGCUCUUCAGGUUCCUUCAGAAGCCCAUUUUUAAUUUUUCCCGUUACUACAGUUUCGGCGAGAGAUCUUUUACGUUCCCUUGAUGUAUAUCGUCAAAGCUUUAACGGAUCGAAAUGAUGCAGUCAUUGCUGCAGAGUUCCGAAGGUAUGUCAAGAAUUUCAAUGCUACAGUUUGAAUCAAUAAAAAGUUUAAAAUUUCUUCACUUGUAUUUUUUUGCAAAUCUCGGAACAUACACAUAGAUAAAAGAUAAAACAGUUAAAAAUUUUUUUUUACUCAUUUUAUAGUUUUCGUUUUUUAAUAUUGUCUAUGUUUCUCAAUUCAUUUCAUGAAUUUUUUUUCUAAAAAAAUACUCCAAAUCGAAUCUUUAAGGGGGCGGAAAAACGACACGUUCUUUUCGUCUUGUGUUGUGAAUAUGCUGGCGCAGUGUCAGGAAGAGGGCGUCAUGAACAGAGAAGACGCUCUUCGAGCGAUCGGCUCACGGUUUCGCGUCGCCAUCUCGGACCGCAUCGCUCCGUGGGAGGAUGAUCUUGUAUUUUUUUCCAUUUUCUACUCCAAGUUUUUAUGUUUAUCUUUAAGGAGGCUGGCAAGUUUAUCAUCGAACAGUGUGUAUCGAUUCAUCUCAACGAUGAGAAUGAGAAGUUCUACCUACUCGCCUACAUGGCUCAAAAACUCAUUGCCCUGGUUAAAGUUAGUCAGAGUCAUGAUAAUGAAAAAAAAACAUGGAAAUUAGCUAGUAGAAAGGCUGUAGUUCUAACUAGGGAGCGUUUUUUUACCCAUUCUUUUUUUUGUUUGAACUUUUGAUGAAACUCCGCUGAAGUGUACUUUAGGACCUCCUGAUUGCAGAACAAGGAAAAAAAAGAUAGCAAGUGACUUUGUUUUUGAGUUGAGAGACUUAAAAAGCUUGAAAUAGCGCUUUUUUGUCAUGAUUUGCGUAUUUUGCGUAUUUUGAAGUUUUAUAACUCGAAAACAAGAUCUUUUGCGAGAAAGUUCCUUAGUUAACGAUACUCAAAUCGACUUUUUACAUCGACAAAACAAAAAAAAAACACUCGAAGCAAGAUAUUAUUGAUGUAAUUCUGCUGAAAAUAUCCAAAAAGAACUUCUGUUAAUGGGUUGGCUUGCAGGGAGAGUGCGCAGCUGAGACACCAGAUAAUCCGCAGUUCCAAGUGAGAAAAAUCGAAAAAAGAAGAAAAGGGAUAAUUUUUUAGGAAGCCUCUGUGUCGGGGCAUAUCAUUCUUCUGAUUAUCCGCGAACGCCUGGAGAAUAUUUUGGGAAUGGUGCGAAGGAAAAUGGAGUUUCUCGAGUCGAAAAAGAAAGACUUCGUUGCGACGAGGUUUGUUUUUCGAUUAUUUUUGAAAAGGCUCGGUUCCCUGCAGCGCAGUGAUUCUGAAAUGUCUGGGAAACCACAACUCGGGAGAGAUCACCCGUGGACUCGAGUACUUCUUGGCCACUGGCAACCUGGUGACGAAGAUCGGAUUGGCUCUGCAGCAGGUUUAGAGAGAAGCUCAUUUUGAUAUCGAAUGAUAUUUUCUCAGGACACGGGCUUCUCCGUCAUCGCCGAGAGAAUCAACCAGCUGCGUUUCGUGUCUCAUUUUCGCGCUGUUCAUAGGUAUGACCAAGUUUUUACCUGUGGAUAAUGGGAACUCAAGUUUUUGAAGAAAACUUUUUAGAACUAUUUCUCCUGUUCCAAAGUAGCUUUCAAAAGUAAAAACUUUUUACCUAUUUCAUCGAAAAUUUUUCUCCAUUUAUUAGAUUUUUUGCGCUUAAGUAUUUAUGUUGUGAACAAAAUGAAGAAGAUCCUCGAAAUUUUCCUCCCGUUUUUUUUUUCUAUGAUUUUGUUAGCUGAAUUCUCCCCUGUUACAAUACCAAUUUUUUGAGACUAAUUUUAAACAAUCCAUCAAGAAAAUCUUGGUUUUUUUUUUUUCAAUGAGGGAUAUUAUGAGGAUUAAGGUGGAUAAAUGAGUUUUAAUCCGAUGGAGGUAGUGGUUACAAAAUGGGAGACAGUUAUAGCCCAUUCACGGCUAGCUUGAGACGCUAAGGGGGCGUGGCCUGUCCUCGCUCUUUAUUUUCGUGUCAGGACCUUUUUUUCGAUUGCCCAAGCCGGCCGUGAACCAGCUAUAUGAACUCAAAAAUCUGCUUUACUUUGAUUUUGUUGGCGGCUUUCAGAACAGUUUUCCGUGUAUGAUUGAAUGAAAAGCGUUCAACAAUGUGUUUCAGAGGAGCCUUCUUCAUGGAAAUGCGAACGACGGACGUGCGCAAGUUGCGACCGGAGGCCUGGGGUUUCAUCUGCCCCGUCCACACUCCAGACGGCGCUCCAUGCGGUCUUCUCAACCAUCUGACAGCGUCUUGUCGCGUCGUCACCCACUUCUCCGACACUUCGCAGAUUGUCUCGUUGAUGUCGCAACUCGGCAUGUACACCCACUCUACUGUCGCCCUCGCCCCGCUUGAUGAACCGGUACGACUUUUUCAAAUUACCCUCCACGGACGUAUUUGAGUGCAAACAGGUUUAUGGAUUUACAUAUAAAUGAGAAUUGCCUUUUACAUUUUUUUACUAUGGUUUUUGGUUAUACUAUAGAAUUAGUAGGGAUUUUUUUUAAAUAAUAAGAAAAAAAGAGAAUACUUUAUACUUGUACUGCUUCUCAGUUAAUCUCACUGGGAAAUGAUUAUUUCCACCGAAGAAAAAAAAAACGUUUCAAAAGCUUGAAAUAGCACUCUUCUGUCAAAAUUUGCCUAUUUUUGCAUACUUUGAAGCUUCAUAACUCGAAAAAAAAUCUAUUGCGAUUUGUUUUUCUUGCACUGCAAUUAAGAGGCCAUAAAGUCAGCAAAAUUGCAUCCAAAAUUCAACCGGGGGUGAAAAACGUUUACUAAGAAGUUUAGAGAUCCUUAUAGUAAUUGAAAUUCACAAGUUGAACAUACUCAAUCAGAAAAGACUGUGAAAUAACAGACGCUGCUUCUGUAUAGGACGACCAGUUUCGAAAAGUUGAAAAGUACCUCAAAAUAUCUUGUGCAGCUGUAUCCGGUGCUGUUGGACGGCCGCUUCAUCGGCUACGUGCCCGUCGCCAAAUCCGCGUCCAUCGAAAGACAUUUGCGAUGUGCCAAGGCUUCCAACGACGCCCGAGUUCCCUACACGUCGGAGAUCGCCCUCGUCCGUCAGUCUUCCGAUCCGAAGAACGUUCAGACGCAGUACCCUGGCAUUUACAUCCUCACCGACCCCGGUCGUUUCUUCCGACCAGUGCGAAAUCUCGCAGUCGACUCUGUAGAACAGAUUGGUGUGGGCUCCAUCUUUUCACGUUGUUCAUUGCUUUCUAGGUACCUUCGAGCAAGUUUAUUUGUCGGUCGUGAUUGAUCCAGAGGAGGCGGAGCCAGGAGUCACGACGCAUCAGGUUUGAGAACUUUUUCGGGCGCUAAAAAGUGUGCACAAAACUGUUAUCUGGCAAUAGAAUCAAGACGAUUAUUAUUGUUUUCAAAACUUACCAGAACUUAGGAUUUAAUUUUUCCAAGAUACUUUUUUUUCCAAGAACCUUCAGCUCAUUAGGAAAGGUAUUCUUGAAAAACGGAUUUUUUUGCAGGAGCUUCACCCUUCUUGUCUUUUUUCUUUUGCGGGUAAUCUGAUUCCGUUCCCAGACCACAACCAGUCUCCCAGGCAAGUCCCUAAAAGAAAAAUGAUGACAGGAAUUUCUUUAAGAAACGUUUACCAGUGCCAGAUGGGUAAGCAAACGAUGGGAACGGCCGUCCAUGCGUGGCACGCGAGAGCCGACAACAAAAUGUACCGAUUACAGGUUUUUCUCCCUUUUUAGAGCAGAUUCCUAUAUUUUUGUCGAUCCAGUUCCCUCAACAACCGCUUCUGAAGCUCGAGGCCUACGAGAAAUAUCAAAUGGACGAAUAUCCUCUAGGGACCAACGCCUGUGUCGCUGUCAUUUCCUAUACUGGCAAGUUCCGAAGAAUUCAUUUCAAAAACAUAUUUGCAUUUCAGGAUACGAUAUGGAAGACGCAAUGACUAUUAAUAAGGCUUCGUAUCAACGGGGAUUCGCACACGGAACAGUCAUAAAAGUCGAAAGGUCUCUUUAGGCUCACUAAAAAGGCACUGAUUCUGAUUUGAAGGAUAAACUUGGUAACUCAAACGGAGAAGAAAAUCAUUUUCCACAAGGAUCCGCGAGAAGAAAUCCCGACUGUAGGCGUGGACGGCCUUCCCAUUCCUGGCAGGCGAUAUUUCGAAGGUUCUCUCACUCUUUUCUCCGUCGAAAGAACGGUUUUCAGGGGAAGUUUAUCAUGUGACGUACAACUUGGAAACGGGAGAGUUCCGCAAGGGAAAGUUCCAUUACGCGGAGCCUGCCUAUUGUGGCCUCGUUAGACUGGUCCAUCAAGACACCGCAGAAGAAGGCGCAAAGGUUUUUUUUUAAGGAUUUUUUUCGCUGCCUUUUUGCCGCCUCUGCCUUUUAGCGACCGUUUUCCACCUUUCCGACUUUGCCCGAGUGUGUAAAUAGUAACAAAUCUCAAUAAUAUCAAGAAUAUACUACUGAAAUGCAACAUUUUUUUUUAUUUCAAACUUUUAAUGUUUUUUCUUCUCUUUUAGCCUGCGCACACUUCCCGUAAAAAUAUUUCCGUUUUUUUUUCACUUCACUUUAUGAAUUGCAGCACGCUCUCAUCCAGUGGCGGAUAGAACGGAAUCCAAUCAUCGGAGACAAAUUCGCGUCUCGACACGGCCAGAAGGGGAUCAACUCGUUUCUGUGGCCAGUGGAGAGUUUGCCGUUCUCCGAGAGCGGAAUGGUUCCAGACAUCAUCUUCAAUCCCCACGGUUUCCCCAGUCGGAUGACCAUCGGUUUGAUCUUUUUCCAUUUGUUGGAUAAGUGCGACAGGGAGCUUCAAUUUCCGACUUUGUUGCGAUUAAAUUUGACCUUUUUCCUGAGUUCCUUUGAUGCUUUUUUCGAUGUCAAUUUUAUGCAAAAAGUCGAAAAAAGAACUUGAUAUAUCACUUUCUGCAGAAUUUUGGCUUGAUUGAAAUUUUACUUCUCGGUUUAAAAUUUUCUAAGAAUUCGCUCGAAUACUGUCUGAAGGUCUAGAAGAUGAUUCCUUUUAGAUAUAUGCUUAUAGAUAUAAGUUGUAAGCCUAACUUUUUAAACUCAAAAAAAAGUUAUCUCAAAAACUAAAAAUUGGACUAGGUGACGACUACCAGAUGUCUUCAUCUUAACCUUCAGAGUGUGUUUGAGCAAAUUCGUAGUGAAUUCCAACACUUAGUGAAAUGACCACCCUUGUUAGGAAAAAAAAGGGUCGGAAAAGAGCUGAACCAACAAAUUUCUGUGAUUCCUAAUACCAAUCCGCAAGCUACAUGCUGAAGAAGUUCAGAAAAAAGCAAUGAAAUUUUCUCCAAAGAAGUUCGGAAUCUGAGAGGACAGCUCCCAAUAAUGCUUUUUCCAACUUUCUUUUUUUUUAAUCUAUGGUUUCUAUGAUUAUUUCUGAGAAAAUUUUAGGUAUGAUGAUCGAAAGUAUGGCAGGAAAAGCUGCAGCGAUGCACGGCGACACGUAUGACGCUUCGCCUUUUGUUUUCAAGUUGGAUUUUUUUUUCAUGUCGUUUUCAAACAGAAAUUAGCCACGGAAAUCUUUUUUCAGUACCCAUAAAAUUUAUUUUUUUGAAGGUACCUUCGCUCCCGUAUUGUUAGGUUAUCUAGAUAGUUGAUUUUGAAUUUUUUCAAUCUAAAGAAAGGAUGAAGAGAACAAAUUUCAAGAAAAAUAUAUACAUAAAGGGCAGGAAUGAAAUGAUGAAACUGAGAGAAGAAUAGAAAGAUUUUAACAAGAAGCUUUUUUUCUAUUCUUGAAAUAUGACUAGUUUGAAAAUCUCUAGCAAUUUUUGAAAAAGAUACUGUUUUAAAGAAAUGGAGAAAAAAAUGUUCAGCGAGGGAAACACGGCGAUCAACCAUUUCGGAGAGCUUCUCACCAAAGCGGGCUACAACUACUACGGAAACGAGACAUUUUACUCGGGAGUGGACGGUCGCCAAAUGGAGGUCUUUCAUAUCUUCGCAUUCGUUGACUCAUUAAUGUUCCAGAUGCAAAUUUUCUUCGGCAUCGUGUACUACCAACGUCUGCGACACAUGAUCGCUGACAAAUUCCAAGUUCGCGCCACAGGACCCAUUGAUCCGAUCACGCAUCAGCCUGUGAAAGGAAGGAAAAAGGGCGGAGGCAUCCGAUUUGGUGAGAUGGAACGCGACGCCAUCAUCGCUCACGGCACUUCGUUCGUCCUGCAGGUUUCCUACUUUUUCCACUUUUUCUUUUUAGUUUUAAAAGCUGCAAUGGUUCCACGAUAUCCAAAAAAGCCGUCAGAGAAAGAAAAAGAGAACUCAAUUUUGGAGAGUCAGAGAUGUACUCGGGCAAAACUGAUAAGCUUUUCUCAAAAAAGACCUUGUAAGGGUCCGCAGCAGAUCUUUUGAUCUCAUUUUAUUUCAUUUUUGCAUCUUUUUCAAAUCUUUAAACAGAAAAGAUGCUGAAAAGCAACUAAAAAGAUUCCCGACUUGAAAGACGAGAGAGGCGGAAUAGGGGGCGGGACGCGUAGCACGCGCGUUCGCGGUUUUUGGCACGAGUUCAAUUCAAGCGACUAUUUUUUUCUUUUUUUUAUUUAAAAUUGAAUCAGACUAUUGGAAAACUGCAACUAACUUCAAAAGAAGGUUCAAAAGUUAGAAAGGAGUACGGAUAUGCCGGAGCAUGAAGAGUUGCAGGAUCGGCUUUUGAACUGCUCAGACAGAGACGUGGCCUACGCGUGCAAACGCUGCGGCUCGCUCCUGUCCGUCCUGAUGUCGACGAAGCUGAUUCAAGAAACGCGCGCUCGGCGACAGGGUGAACCCAUCGACUACACAGAGAAGCAAGUCUGUCGCAACUGCUUCAAAGACGAUCAAGUCUUCCUCAUGCAGGUUUCCCGGCAUCCAAUUUUUUCAGCAAUAUUUUCUGAUAUAAUUUUUUUUUGGCCUUCACGUCGUACAGUGGAGAAAGAUUAUCAGUUUUUGACUAUGUCUCUUCGGGAAAAUUUAUGUUACAGAAAUUAUCUGAAGUUUGCUACUAACCAUAAUAUUGUAAAAGAUGAAUAAUCCUUCUUUUUUUAAGUUUAUUUUUAGAAUAUGUUCUUGUUGACUUUUUAGAGGCACUUUUCUUUAUUUUGAAUGAGAAAUUUUGUAAAAAAAUUUUUGUUCGACCUGAGCAGAGAUCAUUUUCAAAGGUUUUUAUGAAAUUAAAGAUUUAUCCUGCAUAAUCAGAUUGGUUAAUCGGUCAGUUAGAUUCUUUGAAAUCGCUUUUUUUGACUAAAUAAUUAAUUGAGUGAUUUUUCUUCAGGUCUGAAAAUUAAUACUAAAUUUUCAAUUUUCUCAUAGACAGAUCUUUGAAAUUUUUUUAAAGGUUCCUCGAGUGUUCCGAUACCUCGUCGCCGAGCUAGCCGCAAUGAACGUGAAGCUGCACCUCGACAUUGAACACCCCGCCCUCGUCCGCCGCCAAUAG